AUGUCGAUGCAAAUCUUUGGCGAACAGGCAACGGAGGAGAAAGCAGAGAAUGCGCGUCUCUCAUCCUUCGUCGGGGCCCUCGCGCUCGGGGACCUCGUCAAAUCCACACUAGGGCCCAAAGGCAUGAACAAGAUCCUCCAAUCCGCUUCUACAGGAGAGAUCAAUGUCACGAACGACGGUGCGACGAUCCUCAAGGCGAUCCAGCUCGACAAUGCCGCUGCCAAGAUUCUCGUGAACAUCUCCAAGGUGCAGGACGACGAGGUGGGCGAUGGGACGACGAGCGUGACGGUGCUCGCGGCGGAGCUGCUGCGGGAGGCGGAGAAGCUCAUCGCGAUGAAGAUCCAUCCCCAGACGAUUGUGGAGGGGUACCGGAUUGCGAGCCUUGUGGCAUUGAAGGCGUUGGAGGGGGCUGCCUUGGACAAUUCGCAAGACCCACAGAAGUUCCGCGAAGAUUUGUUCAACAUCGCAAGGACGACACUAUCGUCAAAGGUUCUGGCACAGGACAAGGACUAUUUCGCCAAUCUCGCGGUAGAUGCUGUCCUACGGCUGAAGGGUUCAAUAGAUCUCGAGCACAUCCAAAUCAUCAAAAAAGUUGGAGGCAAGCUGACAGACUCUUAUCUGGAUGAAGGCUUCAUUCUCGACAAAACUAUCGCCGUCAACUCACCAAAACGACUGGAAAACGCGAAAAUCAUGAUUGCCAACACAUCCAUGGACACUGACAAGAUCAAGAUUUUCGGCGCGAGAGUCAAGGUCGACAGCACAGGGAAAUUGGCAGAGCUAGAGCGGGCAGAGAGGGAAAAAAUGAAAGCGAAAGUCGACGCCAUCGCUGCCCACGGCAUCAACUGCUUCGUCAACCGACAGUUGAUCUACAACUACCCUGAAUCGCUCCUUGCGGACAAGGGCAUCCUUGUGAUCGAGCAUGCAGAUUUUGAGGGCGUUGAGAGGUUGUCGUUGGUCACUGGAGGCGAGAUCGCGAGCACAUUCGACCGCCCGGACUUGGUCAAGCUGGGACGGUGUGAGGUUAUCGAGGAGAUCAUGAUUGGUGAGGACAAGCUCAUCAAAUUCUCAGGAGUUGCCGCCGGCGAAGCCUGUACGGUCGUUCUACGAGGAUCAACGAACCAAAUGGUCGACGAGGCCGAACGUUCGCUGCACGACGCGCUCUCAGUGCUCUCGCAGACAGUGAAGGAGACGCGGACGGUUCUAGGUGGCGGAUGUUCUGAGAUGCUGAUGAGCAACGCAGUGGAGGAGGAGGCUCGCGGUGUGAAGGGCAAGAAGGCGAUCGCGGUGGAGGCUUUUAGCCGUGCGCUGAGGCAGAUCCCGACAAUCCUUGCCGACAACGCGGGCUACGAUUCCAGCGAUCUCGUCACAAGAUUGAGGGCGGCGCACUACGAGGGUCACUCGGAUUCUGGUCUUGAUAUGGAGAAUGGCAAGAUUGGCUCUAUGCUGGAGUUGGGUGUCACAGAGAGCUACAAGCUCAAGCGACAGGUGGUGCUCAGUGCGAGCGAGGCUGCAGAGAUGAUUAUCCGUGUCGACGACAUUCUACGAGCAGCACCACGGAAACGCGAGGCGGUUUAG